UUCAAGCUCGUGCGCUUGGCCCAGCAGCACUUCGGCCAGUGUCAACCAGAGGAAAGCAAAGAGUUGAAAGUUUGAAGCAGACUUUAGACACUUUUAAUCGGAUGAUUCUGCGCCGCCACAUGGGACUUUUGAGUUUGCGUAAAAUCGUUCAGGGAUAAGAAAAAAAAUAAAUAAAUUGCGGGGUCUCCAAACUCGUGCGCAGUUGUUGUUUGCGUGUUUCUUUUGCGUCUCCAAUCAUUCAGAGGAAGAUCUAAAGUUCUGAGAUGAGGGCGCUCAGGAUGGUUCCGUCGGUGCUGCUGCUGGUUCUGGUGCUGUCCGGCGCACUUUACGCACGGAGGUUCCGGGGUGGCCGCAACUCGCAACAACAACAGCAGCGGCGCGCGCCCCCUUCUCCCACGCACCGGGGGGACACCACGGAGAGCUUCCCGCUGGAUUUCACGGCGGUGGAGGACAACAUGGACAACUUCAUGACGCAGGUGAAGAACCUGGCCCAGUCCCUGUACCCGUGCUCGGCGCAGAAGCUCGACCACGACAUGAAGCUGAACUUUCUGCUGAACACAUCGGUCACCUGCAACGAUGGGAGUCCCGCAGGGUACUACCUGAAAGAGUCUCGAGGCAGCAAAAGGUGGUUGAUAUUCCUCGAAGGCGGCUGGUACUGCUUCAACAAGGAGAACUGCGAGAGCCGUUACGAGACCAUGAGGAGGCUGAUGAGCUCAUCCAAGUGGCCCCAGACGAAAAGAGGCGCGGGGAUCCUGUCUCCGCUGCCUGAGGAAAACCCGCACUGGUGGAAUGCAAACAUGGUGUUUGUUCCAUACUGCUCCAGUGAUGUGUGGAGCGGCGCCGCGGCCAAAACAGAGCAGAGUGGCUAUGCCUUUAUGGGCUCACUGAUUAUUCAGGAGGUCGUGAAAGAUCUGCUGAGCAAAGGUCUGGACACCGCCAGGGUCCUCCUCUUGGCAGGAAGCAGUGCGGGUGGUACCGGAGUUCUUCUGAAUGUGGAUCGUGUGUCUGAGCUGCUGGGAGAGCUGGGCUACGCUGCCAUCCAAGUGCGAGGCCUCUCCGACUCGGGCUGGUUCCUGGACAACAAGCAGUACCACUGCACGGACUGCGUGGACGCCGCCAACUGCACCCCCACAGAGACGAUCAAGAGAGGCAUCAAGUACUGGGGCAGUGUGGUGCCAGAGAGGUGCAAAGAAACCCACGAAGGGGAGGAGUGGAACUGUUUCUUUGGAUAUCGAGUUUUCCCGUCAAUUAAAAGCCCAGUGUUUGUGGUUCAGUGGCUGUUUGACGAGGCCCAGCUGACGGUGGACAACAUCCAGCUGACAGGCCAGCCUGUGCAGGAAGGCCAGUGGCGUUACAUCCAAAACCUGGGCAUCGAGCUGAGGAACACACUCAAAGAUGUCCCGGCCAUGUUUGCCCCAGCAUGUCUAUCACAUGAAGUAAUCACCAGAAGCUACUGGAUCGACGUGCAGGUUAAAGGCACCUCUUUGCCCCGGGCGCUGCACUGCUGGGACCGCAGCCUCCACGACAGCAGGAACAACAAGGCGCCGCCCAAAGCCUGCCCCGUGCACCUCAUCGACAACUGCCCGUGGCCGCACUGCAACCCCACCUGCCCCACCAUCCGAGACCAGUUCACGGGGCAGGAGAUGAACGUCAUCCAGUUCCUCAUGCACAUGGGCUUCGACGUACAGAAGAUGGCCCAGCAGCAGGGCAUGGACCCGAGCAAGCUACUGGGCAUGCUCAGCAGCGGCAGCUAAGAGGCGGGGCAGGGCGCCCCACUAACACUCUAAGCUAAGCAGAGCUGGUUUAUGACCAGUUUCCCAUCACUGAUACCUCCAUCUCACUUCACCUCUCACCUCUACCUGUAGUCAGUUCACCGUUGACCUCCUGUCUAAACCCACGUGUUUCGAUUUGAUCCCAAAAGAACCUGCGUGACAAGGCUCUACUUUCUGCUGCUCCUUGGGGGGGAAAAAUAUCUUUUGUUUUGUAAAAGAAAAUUAUAACGAAUGUAAUCCAGUUUUAAGGAUGCUAAUUGAUAGUUUCUAUAAGUUUCAUCCUAACAUUGUAAGGUUAGAUUUAGUUAACGCAAAAAAAAGAAGCAAAAUAAAGGAUGAUCUUUUAUUUAGUUGGUAUAGAGUUUAUAACAAAACACUUAUUUUUCUUUAAGUAUCAAAUUUCAAAUGAUGCAGAAACAGGGUAAAAUGAUCAGGUGACAAAAAGCACUCAAGAGGAGCUUUAUAUAGCUCUGAAACAAACGCGAAAGGCAGAACUAAUGCCUUUCGAAAAAUAGCUAAAAUAUUUAAAAGAAUAAUAAAAAAACUUUAUGUUGUGGUGCUGAUUAAGAAAUAAAGAACAAAAGUUGUAAUCCAGCUGACAAAUUUCUACUUUUGUUAGCUCUAAAUGUGUCAUAAAAUCAGUUGUAUUAUGAAAUGGUGCUAAAGUGGGCCUGGAAACACACCAUCAUCACCAUCAUCAUCAUCAUCAUCAUCAUCAUCAU